UACCGGUAGUCAUUAACCACGUUGUGUUUUAAACGUCGAGUGUAGCGAAGUUUGUUACUUAAUUCGACUUUUCUCGUGUUUUUUCGGAAAAUAAUAAUUAACAGUUGCCUUUUCGCCUACUUUUUCAGAAGACGCACAACAACUAAAACUUUGACAGUUUUAACUAUAUGCGAAUUGCAACAGAAAAAAAAUUACUUACAUUUUGAUUAUUCUUACGGCAACAAAAGAAAAAUCUUGUAACUUUAUUUUCGGGCAACCCACAAAGUAAACACCUAAUUACGGGAACACCAUGUCUGACUUUGAAAAUGAGAUCGAUGGUGAUGGCAACCUAGUUGGUGGACAUCUUGACGAAGCAGAAGAAGCCACAGUUGGCGGCGGUGGGUAUCGCGAACCUCGCGAUGACGGAGGAGAUGGCAGUGGCGGUGGCUUUCAUCGCGGCCGUCGUGAGAAUGACGGAGGAGAUGGCGGUGGUGGUGGCUAUCGUGGACGCCGUGGUGGAGGAGAAGGCGGUGGCUAUCGCGGACGUCGCGACGAUGAUGAAGGUGGCAGGGGUGACAUCAAAGAGAACGGUGAUCACCGUCGUGGUGGAGGACGCAACGAUGGCUUUAAGGGUGGUGAACGUCACCGUUGCGACGAUAACGAUUUGAACAAUAACCACAAUGAUGACGGCGGCGAGAAUGGUGAGAAAAAAGCAAGGGAGUUCUAUAUACCGCCUGAACCGACCAACGAUGAGACCGAGAUGUUUAGCACCGCCAUUUCAUCGGGCAUCAACUUCUCAAAGUACGAUAAUAUCCCUAUUAAGGUGACUGGCGAUAAUGUUCCGAAGCCGAUUAGAAGCUUUGAGGGCGCCCAAUUGCGUAGCAUUGUGCUGAACAAUGUGAUCAAGUCGGGCUACAAAGUGCCCACGCCGAUUCAGAAGGUGUCAAUGCCUGUGAUUAGCGAGGGACGUGAUCUGAUGGCCUGUGCCCAGACUGGCUCGGGCAAAACGGCCGCCUUUCUGCUGCCGAUGAUCUGCAAACUGCUGGACGAGGUUGACAACGUGGAGAUAGGUAAGCCGCAGGCGGUGAUUGUGUCACCGACUCGUGAGCUCGCUAUCCAGAUCUUCCACGAGGCCAGAAAGUUUGCGUUCACCUCAUAUCUGAAGAUAAGCAUCGUUUACGGCGGCACUUCAGUUAAAUAUCAAAACGAGUGCAUCACCAAAGGCUGCCAUCUGCUGAUUGCCACACCGGGUCGCCUGCUCGACUUUGUGGACCGCACAUUCAUCACGUUCGAGGCGACGCGCUUCGUCGUCCUUGACGAGGCCGAUCGCAUGCUGGACAUGGGCUUUGCGGAUAGUAUGCGCAAGAUUAUGCAACAUCAGACGAUGCGUCCGGAACAUCAGACUCUUAUGUUCUCCGCCACAUUCCCGGAGGAGAUACAGCGCAUGGCCGGUGAAUUUCUAAACAAUUACAUAUUCGUCGCCAUUGGCGUUGUCGGCGGUGCUUGCUCCGAUGUCCAGCAGACCUUUCACGAGCUCAAGAAAUUUGACAAACGCUCCAAGCUAAUGGAUAUAUUACAAGAGGGCGCCGAUGGCACCAUUGUCUUUGUGGAGACAAAGCGUGGCGCUGAUUUUCUCGCCUCGAUCCUGUCGGAAACGAAGUUCCCGACCACCUCCAUCCAUGGCGAUCGUCUGCAGAGUCAGCGUGAGCAGGCCUUGCGCGACUUCAAGACUGGCCACAUGAAGGUGCUCAUUGCCACCUCGGUGGCUGCCCGUGGUCUUGAUAUAAAGAAUGUUAAGCAUGUGAUUAACUAUGACAUGCCAAAGACUGUGGAUGAUUAUGUGCAUCGCAUUGGACGCACCGGACGUGUGGGCAAUAGGGGUCGUGCCACCUCCUUCUUUGAUCCCAAUCAAGAUCGUGGCAUUGCCGCCGAUUUAAUAAAAGUCUUGCAGGGCUCCUCUCAAGUGGUACCAGAUUUCCUACAGGAAAUGGGCGGCGGCGGCAGCUAUUCCGACUCCCAGUUGGCGGCGUUGAUGUUCGCGCUAAUUCUUGUGCCGCAAUUGCAGAUAAUUUGGAGAAAGAGGAGAGUUGGAGUGAUUAAAUUCGAAUAUAUGCGUCCAUAUUUCCAUAUUUCUUUUGCAAUGCAAUGCAAUGCAUUCCAACUUUUACUUUCCAUAAACGUAAUUGAAUUUUGUUUAAUUAUUAUCAAUAAUCAAUAUCAAUUAUUAAUAAAUCAAAAAAAUCUAUGACAUUAUCAAUUUGUAAAGAA